AUGAACCAGAAGAAACAGGUUGGUCUUCAAGGCUGCCUUGCAGGACUGAACUUGGGUCCACGCGCAGCCUUUGCUGUUGCAUCCUUCCUAAGUGAUUCUGAGGAGUUGAUCCAUUUUGGCCUCACAAUCAGGACGCUCCAGCAGCUGUGCGGCCCCACAGCCAUACCAAGCACAAGAGAUGGAAAGCUGAAACCGGCUGAUGAGGCAGUUGCGCCGGCCAACUUCAUGCAGCUUCACCAACCUGCAGUGUCUCGAAGAGGUCGCACUGUGCUGGACAAGCUGGUGCCGGAUACGCCGACGCAGGACACGCAGAGGCGCCGAGAUGCAUCGCCCACUGGCAUUCAGCACUUGCGAGAGCACUUCUUGAGAGACAAUGGUGUCUACGGUGGUGCAUGUCGUGUACGCAACCGCCGCUGCAGCUUUGUGGAAGUGUCGGAGGUGCAGGUUGGCGAAAAGCGCUUCAAGUUGGAAACGCAUGUCUCCCGCACUGUGCACAGCAGUAUCCAGCGAAAACCAUCACCCAAACCGUGGCCAUGCAAACGCUUGUGGCAGAGAGAGCGCCUUCGAGACCGUCGGGAACGCUGCCGCUGCAGUUGA